UCUGAACGCUGCGACGUUAAUUCACUACUACGCGAACUAUCGCCGUGGACGGAAGUACGUGCGCGUACAAAAGUUGAAAAUAUUGAAUAUAAAUUUAUCAAAUAUUGAAAAAAAAAAACAAGAGAAAAACAGAUUCAAUUGAAGAGAGCGGUGUAUUUUAACUGCGACCUUACUAAGCUUGAAUCGGAAGUGAAAUUAAUACUCCAGUUUCUUAAGAUAAAAAAAGAAGUUUGAUUAAUUUUGAAAUUACAUGGACAUUCGAAAACAUUACAAAUACACUUCGGAUUUAACGUUCUAAUUGAUUGCGUGUAACGAGUGAGAACAUUUCACGACUUCGUGUGCGACAGUGAAUUCAUAAUAGGAUCGUUAGCUCGUAAAUUGUUGUAAGUUUUUGACUGAAUGAACGUUUGGCUUCACGUUUACGCGUAAAAAGAAGCACUUAAUAAAAAAAAAAAAUAGAAAUUAAAAAACAAUAGACAUUGAUUGUACACAAAAAAUAACCUUUGAAUAACCAAAUCAACAAGUGACGAGAAGAGGAAAAUAAGGCUAUUUGAGAGCUUAUACAUAUUUACAUAAAAGAUUUUUCAUAAAUAAAAGGUCUUUAGUAGACCACCGGUUGAUUGUUUCCAUACAUUUUCAACCCACCUAAUUCAUCUAUUAAAUCGGCCAAAUGAGUGUCGAAGAGGACGACUCUGUUCUACAAACUUAAACACCCAUUCCAUUAUUAAAGUAAUAACAAUUUUGUAAUGGACUGGCUAUUGGCAACACCACAGUUACAUAGCGCCUUCUCUUCAUUGGGUUCUCUGGAAGGGGAUACCUACGUUGUUGGGCCAGAUGCGUUAUCAAUUCUAGAGGAAAUAAAUUAUAAACUUACCUAUGAAGAUCAGACGCUACGCACCUUUCGUCGCGCAAUCGGCUUCGGCCAAAAUGUCCGUUCCGAUUUGAUACCGCUGCUGGAGAAUACGAAAGAUGAUGCUGUACUCGACUCGGUUAUACGCAUCUUGGUUAAUUUGACUGUGCCUGUAGAGUGCCUCUUCUCGGUAGAUGUCAUGUAUCGCACCGAAGUCGGUCGACAUACCAUCUUCGAGUUGAACAAGUUGCUCUAUACAAGUAAAGAGGCCUUUACAGAUCCGAAGAGCACGAAAUCUGUUGUUGAGUACAUGAAAUACUUGUUGGAGUCCGAUCCGAAAUUGUCACUGCAGAAAUGUGAUAAAAUUAAUAAUUGUCUACUGUUGCUGCGCAAUGUUCUCCACAUCCCAGAGACAAAUGUGAACUUUGUAAUGCCCUCAGCACAUUCCCAGCCAGGUGGGUCACAUCCGGUGUCGAUGCAAAAUGCGAUACUUUGGAAUCUCUUCAUACAAAGUAUCGAUAAACUGUUGCUGUACCUCAUGACUUGUCCACAUCGCGCCUUUUGGGGUGUCACCAUGGUGCAGCUGAUCGCGUUGAUGUAUAAAGAUCAACACGUCAGCACGCUCCAAAAGUUAUUAAAUAUGUGGUUUGAGGCUUCGCUAUCGGAGAGUUCGGAGGAUAACGAGAGCAAUACCUCUCCACCCAAACAAGGUAGUGGCGACUCUAGUCCCAUGCUCACAUCGGAUCCCACUUCUGAUUCUUCGGACAAUGGUAGUAACGGUUGCAAGAACGAGAGUGCCGAGGAUCGUCGACAAGCCAUGCGCGAGGAGGCGACCGAAGCCACAUUGCAGGAAGUUAGCCGCAAAGGACACGAAUAUCAAAACUCAAUGAUGUGCGAUCCGCAUGUGAAGAAGGAAGUUGACGAUGUGGAAUUGGGUAGCGUUGACAAUAGGGGCGGCAAUGAACAGCCAUGUACCAUCAAAAUCGAAGCAAUGGAUGAGAUGGGAGGUGAUGACGAUAACUGCGAUGGUAAUGGUGAUGUUGAUGUUCAUGUUGGUGGUGAUGUUGAUAGUGAUGGUGUUGCUAAUGGCGACGGUGAAGGCAGUUGCUCGGUCGACGCAGUCGGCUCAGCACAACCAUGUGAUAUGAGUGAAGAUAGCGACAACCAACAACAACAACAACCAGUUGAACCCAAUCAAACCACUACCAGCGAGUCGAACCAAACCGACGCAGAUGCGGUUAAAUUCAAAGCGCCAGCAGUUGUUACAAAAUUCAAACAAGCGUAUCCACAACCUAAAAUCUGCCAAAAGGUGCCACAUUCGGGUCAGCUGAAUUUGAGAAAGGGAAAAAGUUGUCCGCAAAAGCGUGAGUGCCCUUCUUCGCAAUCGGAGUUAUCAGAUUGUGGCUAUGGCACACAAGUGGAGAACCAAGAGUCCAUAUCCACCUCGAGCAAUGAUGACGAUGGCCCACAGGGCAAACCGCAACAUCAAAAGCCACCCUGUAACAGUAAGCAGCGAAGCAAGCAACGCAUUGUGAUGGCGAUGGUAGACAAGAAAGAGCUACGUCGCAAAAAACUGGUCAAGCGUAGCAAGAGCAGUCUUAUCAACAUGAAGGGUCUGGUACAACACACGCCAACUGAUGAAGACAUAUCUAAUUUGUUGAAGGAGUUCACAGUCGAUUUCCUACUCAAGGGGUACGGCUGCCUUGUAGGUGAAUUGCACUCACAACUGCUUACCAAUAUUAAAAUUCCCAUCGAUACGUCGCACUUCUUCUGGUUGGUCACCUAUUUCCUUAAAUUCGCUGCGCAGCUGGAGCUGGAUAUGGAGCAUAUCAGCGCAGUGCUCACUUACGAUGUCAUCAGCUAUUUGACUUAUGAAGGCGUCACGCUUUGCGAGCAACUGGAAUUGAACUCUCGCCAAGAAGGCAGUGAUUUGAAACCUUAUUUGCGGCGCAUGCAUUUGGUUGUAACGGCCAUACGAGAGUUUCUGCAGGCAAUCGAUACCUACAAGAAAGUGACGCAUUUGAGUGAAGAUGAUCGCUUGCAUUUGCGACGCUUACAAAGUCAAAUCAGUUCCACUGAGGAUUUGCGUUGCCUAUUCGUACUUCUCUUGCGACGAUUCAAUCCAAAUUUGCAUACCAAGCAGUACCUGCAGGAUUUGGUUGUAACAAAUCAUUUAUUACUGCUGAUUUUGGACUUUAUUACCCAAACAGAAGGUGACACGAGUAUCAAGAUGACCGAGCAUAUAGCGCAAUUCGCUACGCUCGAAAUUAUGAACUACUAUGGCAUGCUCUUGGAGGACUUUAACAAUAACGGUGAAUUCGUUAAUGAUUGCAUUUUUACGAUGAUGCAUCAUGUUGGCGGCGAUCUGGGACAGAUCGGCACGCUAUUCCAACCGAUUAUAUUGAAAACAUUUUCACGCAUUUGGGAGACCGAUUAUGAACUGUGCGAUGAUUGGUCCGAUUUGAUAGAGUACGUCAUACAUAAAUUCAUAAACACACCACAAAAAAAUUCGUUGUCCUUGCCAAAGGCUUCACUGACAGAACUAACCAAGGAACACAAUUUAGAAAAUACAGUUUGUGCUUGGACUCAGGAGGAAAUGGACACUUUAUAUUGGUAUUACGUGCAAAGCAAGAAGAGCAAUGAUGUUGUGGGCAAGAUUGUGAAAUUAUUCAGCAAUAACGGCAAUAAGCAGAAGUCGCGUAUCUCGAUUAUACAACAAUUGCUGCAACAGGACAUCAUAACCUUAGUUGAAUAUGAUGAUCUGAUGAAAUUCGAAGACGCUGAAUACCAACGCGCUUUACUCACCACACCAACUUCGACUUCUACCGAAUCGGGUAUUGAUCUAAAGAAUUCUGCAACUUCUGCUAAACCUUCUGAUGAUAUACAGAUUCUACGCGAUCUUAUAGUGAAAGAGAAUAAGGAAAAGCAUUUGGUUUGGCUACAGAAGAUUUUGCUUGAAUGCUGUUAUAUAAAGUUGAUUCUAAAGAAUUGUAUACUACGUGAAGAUCGACAGAAUCUGCAGUAUGUUAUGGAGCCAGUGGCAUAUCAUUAUAUAGUGAAAAACAAAUCAAUUCCCGUCGUGCAAUGGAACAGUGAACAGGCAACAACAAUGCUUUAUCAACCAUUUGUGUUGCUUUUGCAUAAAUUAGGAUUUCAAUUGCCUGCCGAUGCCGGUUCGAUUUUCGCACGCAUUCCCGAUUUCUGGACGGCAGAGAUGAUCUUCAGUUUGGCGCGCAAGCUGGGCCCAUUGGACAAGUUGUUGAUCAAGUUCGAUAUGAGUCAGUUUGAGGAUGCGAAUGCAAUAGAGUUGCCGCGUUGCCAUCACGUAACAGCGGCACGCGGCUCACUCUCCUCAAUGUCCAGCCUGGAAAUGGAAAUUGGUGGCGUUGAUGAGUACACAGUGUUGGGAAGUAGCUCGGAUAAUGGAAAUUGCAAUGGGCGGGCAAGCCGAAAUGGACGUUCGAGCAGUGGAAGUGGCAGUAUGUUGGCGCCAGUGCCCGAGGUGGAUGCCAAAUUGGAGAAGGCGAGCGCGAGUAACGAUAUAUUUGCCGUACCGAAGGCGAAACAAUGCAAUUCCAUCAUAAGAUUCACACCCGAGCCUGCACCAUUGCCGCCGGUGCCAAAUUGGUUGCAAUUGGUGAUGCGCAGCAAAAUGAAUACAAACGCCACAGCAGCGCUGGAUACGGCACUCAAUGCGAACAACACAGCGACAACAACAACUACAAAUGAAAGUUGUAGCAUAACGACUGCAGCAGCCCUGUCAGCGGUGGUGACAACUGCCACUGCAACAUCUACAAUAACAUCGACAUCAGCUGUUUCCACAAUACAACAAGACAGCGUUGCAGCCAAGGCGCCAGAGCCAACGUCAACAAUACUAAUCCCCACAGACCAGUGUCCACCAACCAUCAACAACAUAAUUGGAUUGAAUAAGGAGUCGAAUAAUAACACGAACGCCAGCAUUGAGUGCAGCAAAAACAAUAGCAACAAAAGUGGCAACAGCAGCAGCGGUGUCAGCGAUUUGAAUAGUUGCAGUAGUGGCAGCAACAUGAAUAGCACCAGCAAUAACAGCAGCAUCAACGAUGACAGCAACAAAACGAAUGGGGAUAGUUGUGGUGCUAGUAUUGGUGGAGGUGGUGGCGUUUGCAACUACACCAGCAGUGAUAGUAGUAGCAUCAGCAGUAAUGCAAUCGUCAAUAGUGUCACGAACAGCAGCACCGGCAACAAUAUUUGCAACAACAAUAAAUAUGAAAAUAACAGCGUAGCAACAAUACAAAGUGGCAUGCGAAUACCCGCAGCAGUCACCGCUGCAGGAACAACCUCAGCUGUGACAACAACAACAAUGGCGGCGGUUGCAAAUGCUGCUAUGGCAGCGAACGACCAUUUUCUCAUCUAUCCAAAGCAGCAACAACAGCUACUGCAGAAACAACAUCAACAACAACAGCAACACUUACAAGCACAACAUCAAUAUAAUCAACAACAGCUGCUACAACAACAACAACAACAACAACAACAACAACACUUUGAGGGCGUAUUGAAGACGUUCGAACGUAGCGAACAGCCAAGUAUCGACAUGAAUUUUGCGAGCUUUAGCGGUGGCGGUGCUGUUGGCGCUGGUGGUGUCUUAGCUGCCGCCAGCGUUGCUGUGGGUGGAGGCGUGCUCAACAAUUUGGAGAGCGAAUAUAGCGCUAUGGUCGCAUCAGUGUACGAGCAUGAAACUGCCAACAGCGACUGCGCUUCGGUCGCCUCGGAUUUGACGCGCAUGUACGUGAGUGACGAAGAGGAUAAAAAUGAAUUCCCUGUCACGCAUUUCAAUUGAAGAUGACGACGCAACACUUCCACUUACAGAUGCACGCACUCAAAAUAUACAUGAAUAUACACAUAUAUGAAUAAUUAUAGAGAAUACAAAAAAAAAAAAAAAUAUGGAAAGUUUACAUAUCUAUUUAUGUAAAUUAUAAGAAUGUAAAAAUUAGGAAAUUUCUCCUACAAAUGGCCUUUACACAGUAUAGAAUGUGAUUUUGAAAAGGGAACAAUUUUAUAUUAAUGAGUUUUGAGAAAAUGAGAAAUAUUUACAAGACACUGAUAUUUCGACAGAUCUACGUGCAUGUGGCUGAUAUACCAUAUAAAUAAAUUCACGCGAUGUGUCGUUGGCAAAAAGCCAAUAUGAAAAUGUUAA